AUAACGAAAUCUGUUAAUCCCUUGGAUGGGAUCCUCAAUUCCUCAUGCGUUUGCUCCUUCUCACAGCUUCAACGUCUUUGAUUGAACAUGGAAUAUGCGCUAUGGUUGGGCAUAUGCGUCUACAUAGGGACUGUUAAUGAUGACGUAGGGGAAAGAAAGGUCCAAAAAGAAGAACCCACUUCUUUCUUUCUGUCACUAAUCUGAAUAGUACAGUAAUGUCAUUUAUCUCUAGUCGUAUUUCUUCUCAGAUGACCGACCCAGUAAAAAAAUAAAAUAAUACACACACGCCCUCCAACAGAGAAAAAGGAGAAAUCCUCCCCUGUAUUUGCUCCUCUUUUCUUCUUUUUCUAUCUAUUAUUGCUUCUAUCACUUUUCAUAUCCCCAGCGGACGACCUUAGAGUUCGGCGUAUGUUCACUGAUUAAUAGACACUAUUUUCAGGUGCCUAACUAAAAACCCCAGCUUAAUCAAUAUCUUCUCUCUCUCUUUCUUUUUGUAAAUUAAGAAGAAGAAGGGUCAUUUUUUCUAUUGGACAAAUUUUCAAGCACCAUAGUUCCUGAAAAAUUAUGGCAGUGGUUGAGAAUGCUGAUACGAGCGUUGUUGGCUCAUCGAUUGGGACUGACGGGAAUCUUGGAAACGGCGUCAGUGUCGAUCAUCUGUCAGCAAACAAGAACGAGAACGGUGUGACAAGGUCAACGAUACAGAGCGAUGAGAAUUUCAAUACGAUCACUACAGUGGCUCAUCAUAAACUGAACGGUGUAGAUUUAAGAAGAAAUGGAGGAGGAGAGGAGUUUAGGAGGGAAAAAGUUAGGGAUUUUGAGGAAAUGCUUUCCAAAUUGAAAUUGAAUCCCAUGGCUAAAGAGUUUGUGCCCCCUUCACACACUAACACCAAUCACAUACUGAUGCCUUUACCACCCCGUGCCAGCGGUGGGCAAUUUGGUUAUGAUCCCAGUAAUUUUCUAGUUCAGAGUAGCCCCAGAUUUGCCAAUGGAAAUUUUAACAGAAGGAAGAAGAAUGGCUAUGGUUCUGCUAGGAGAAAAACGAAUACUCGAACAAGCAUGGCCCAACAAGAAGAGGUUAUAAGGAGGACAGUUUAUGUAUCUGACAUUGAUCAUCAGGUGACUGAAGAGCAACUUGCAACACUCUUUCUUAGUUGUGGACGUGUUGUUGACUGUCGUAUAUGUGGUGACCCAAAUUCUGUACUUCGUUUUGGCUUCAUUGAGUUCACAGAGGAAGACAGUGCGAGGAAUGCUUUGACUCUUGCAGGAACUAUGCUUGGGUAUUACCCUGUGAGAGUUCUUCCCUCCAAAACUGCAAUUGCACCUGUUAAUCCGACUUUUCUUCCAAGGUCUGAAGAUGAAAGGGAGAUGUGUGCAAGAACUAUUUACUGUACAAACAUUGAUAAUAAGCAGGUUACUCAAGCAGAUGUCAAGCUCUUCUUUGAAUCCACUUGUGGAGAGGUUCAGCGCUUGCGGUUGCUUGGUGACCAUCAUCAUCCGACUCGUGUAGCUUUUGUUGAGUUUGUCAUGGCGGAGAGUGCAAUUGCAGCUCUGGACUGUAGUGGCGCAGUCCUGGGAUUACUCCCUAUAAGGAUCAGCCCGUCGAAGACUCCUGUCCGACCCCGGAGUCCUCGCUCGGGAAUGCUGUGAUCAAUGUCUUUGGCAGUGUCUUUUGGCUGAUCUUCUGCUUAUAAUCAUCUAAAUACAUGUAUAGGUACAGAUACCAAGAGUACAUGUUGCCUUUUAAUAUUUCGAAUUGUAUCUCAGUUGCGCAUCUGUUAUCCACGGGGUACUUGUCAGGUCUGUCAAGCUUGAGUGGUUUAUGAGUGCGUAAAUUUACGUAAUUUAAGCUGGUAAACAAGUAAAUUAUGUUUCUGUACGCAAUGCCUUGACGUAUUAAUAGUGGUUGACGUUAUUAACAGUGAUGGUCAUCUUCUCAAAA